CGCAUACGCGCGCUUCGAGUCAGAGAUGGCGACCGUAGUAUCACUGAGGGUGGUUGCGCACGUUCCCACGGGCGCCGCGCCCUCGGGAUCCGCGAGGCGCCGGGGUGCAAACAGGGUGCCGGGGUGCAAACAGGAGGCGCAGGAUAGCCGCAGGAUAAAAAGCGUCGCGGCAAGAUCUUCUCCAGUGGACGUCGAGGAGCCCGAGACGAAGACGGAAGCCUUCGACGAUCCUCUCGCCGACGUGUUCAAGCAGCUCUACCCCGGCGGCGGCGUCAAGCGCAUCAAGUGGGGGGUUUUCAAGGAGGACGUCGACGCUUCUAGCGUCACCACGACCGAGGAAGAGCAGGCGGAGUUGCGUGCGGAAGCCGCGUGCAGCCUCACCAACAUCGACGCCGACGAACGGGCGAGGCGCGGAAAAGCGGGAACCGCGUUCGGGAUCGCGUGUGCGCUCAUCGCCGCGGUCCAGCUCGCCACCGGUGCGCCGCCCGCGCAGCGAGCCGUGAUCGCCGCCGGCGUCUGGGACGUCGACGGAACCGGCCUGCGCGAGAUCGAGGACAAAUCCGUGGCGCAGAAGAUUCGCGAUAAGGUGAACGCCUUCAACGGCGCGUCCGUCGCGAUCUCGACCGCGCUCACGAUCGCAUACAUGGCGAUACCGCUCACGCAGUGAUUCGUGUGAGAUGAUUCUUUAAGCGAAGGACAGACGACGCCGCGCCGACGUGACCGGCCCGCCUCACAGCGCCCACACAGGGCGUGGGCGGAUGCCGCGAUGUGCGCGCGACGCGUUUCCCGCGAACCAACGUGUACCGAUGGAUAAUAUUAGCACCAGUGCUACGCUCGCACAUGUAAGACUGUCAUUUCAAC